UAAUUCACGUAACAGCACCCGUGUCCCUUUCUUUUUCCUCCAUCAAGUCAGGUAAUUUUGCUCUCUACGACACCUACUUCGUGGCCGAAUUCCACGAGGCGGCAUCCAUGCCCGCCUCGUGUCUCCUCCUCCUCCCACCACCAGUCUCCGCCGGCCAUGUGUCUGCUCCGGCUCGGUUUGGUUGGCGUCCCCUCCCCGCCUGUCCCUUUCCGCAAGUCCACGACCCCAACGGUCGCUCCUCUCUAAAGACUCCACCCCCUCCCUCCGCAAAACCCCCAAUUGCCCCUUGCUCGUCGCGAUCAAUCCAUAUGGACCCGCCGGAGGAGAACCCUAAGAAGCAAAGGAAAUGCUGUCCGUUGAGGCGGUCGAAGAAGGGCUGCAUGAAGGGGAAGGGCGGCCCGGAGAACCAGAGCUGCACCUUCCGCGGGGUGCGCCAGCGUACCUGGGGCAAGUGGGUGGCCGAGAUCCGCGAGCCCAACCGCGGCGACCGCCUCUGGCUCGGCACCUUUCCCUCCGCCCUCGAGGCCGCCCAGACUUACGACAAGGCCGCCCGCACCCUCUACGGCGACUGCGCCCGCCUCAACCUUCCCGCUCCGUCUCCUUCCCUCCCCCAGUCCGAACGCUCCAGCUUGCCCACCGCCUGUUCGACGGAAGGCACCAGCGCCAGCGAGUCGAUGGCGAGCGUCUCCGGAAUCCCUCGAUCGCCGGCGGGCUAUUUUUGCGAGCGGGAGCUGGACGACUUGGACGACUACGUGGCGGGGUUGCUGAAAGCUGAGGACCUUGGACUUGAAGGUUUCGCUCCGGUCUUUGACGACGACAAUGUUGGGUGGUCAGAGGUAGAGUUUGCGCCGGAAUUGAUGAACUCUGACGAAAUGCAAUCGUCUUGGUGUUUUUGAACUUGCUGUACAAAACCAAAACUCGCCCUUUCUACACGUAUGUACGCGGGUUCAGUCUAUUGUUGUAGAACUUGCCGUAAGAAGAAGAAGAAGAAGAAGAAGAAGCAGCGACUACUGGCAGCUGCUUUCCUUGCGUGUCCACCCUUUAAAGUGUUGGCGUAUGUCACUGUAGGUUUGCAAAAGAUGCAUGUUCCAGGAAGCAGUGUAAAGAAAAUUAUCUGUUUUCUGAAGAAAUAUGUAAUUUGUCAAAUGUAAUAGCAAAAGAAAAGGAAAAAUGAUGCUUUAAUCCUAGCUA